CUACUCCCAAAUCCCAAUCUGUGUGGAGACCAAAAUACUCAGAUCAAACCUAAAACGAGGAAGUGCGUCCAUGGUGGAAGAGACAAUGGGCAGCGGGGAGGAGGUGCAGGUGGCGGUACGACAUGGCCCCACGACUACGGCUACUCGGCGGCGAUGGGGAUACAGUAGUGGCAGCUAGAGGCAGGGGCGUAUCCAAAGUGGGGGUGGGGCAUGCAGGCAGCUGCCCCCACUCAACACCCAUCCAACCCGUGUUUCACUACUAUGGCGACGACAUGACGCGGCAAGUGGAGACGCACCAUUACUGCGCGCACCUAAACGAGGAGUUCCGGCAGUGCCUGCUGUACGACCGGCCGGACGCGGACGGGAGGCUGAUCGGGGUAGAGUACAUGGUGUCGGAGGCGCUGUUCAUGACGCUGCCGGACGAGGAGAAGAAGCUAUGGCAUUCCCACGAGUUCGAGGUGAAGAGCGGGGUGCUGUUCAUGCCGGGGGUGCCCGGGCCGAUCGAGCGGAAGGACAUGGAGAAGGUGUGCAAAACGUACGGUAAGACCAUCCACUUUUGGCAGGUGGAUCGGGGCGAUGAGCUCCCCCUUGGAAUCCCUCAAAUCAUGAUGGCAAUUACUAGGGAUGGCCAGCUCUAUGAUAACCUCGCUCAAGAUGUAGAGAAGCGGUUCAAGGUGUCAUUUGCAAAGGAAAGGGAGAAGAGAGCAUACAUGAGUGGGCCCGAGAGUGGGGUCCAUCCUUUGGCAAAUGGAGGUGGGAAAGGCAUCCGGACUGUGCUUCGAGAGGUGGACUGCAAACCUGUAGCCUCCGUUCCAAGAGUCUUCGUUUGAACGACCUAUCUUGUUUAGCAUAUGUGCUAAAUAAUGUAUAAGCUGUUGUGGAUUAUUUCGUUUUCUUAAUUGACCGAAUUGAAUAAGUGUAUUUCCAUAUCCAUGUUGUAUAUGUUAACUUGUACGUACUAUUUAUUAAUGAACUCUAGUUAAACUAAU